AUGCCUCUCCGUACCUACAAGAGGGCGCGCACCGAGUCCGACCCGCCAUCCACGCCGGCAACGUCGCCCGCCGUCUCUUCGAAGUCGUCCUCCUUGUCGCGUCGCUCACUCGCCGACUUGCCGAAAGAAGUGCUCGCGAGGGUCGCAGCCAACGUUAUAAGAGGGCAUAAGGGCGCUCCAAAUGAGGACGCUCGCUCCCACUUGCUCGCCCUUGCGUCGACCUGCAACGCGCUUCGCCAGGCCUCCAUCCCAUGCUUCGACUUCGCCAUCCGGCUCGACGGGCCGAAGGCGGUCGUCGAGCUCGCGAAGGUGUUCGGGCAGAAGAUUCGCUCGUCGUCGGCGCUUCCGACGCUCGCGCAUGGCAUUCAAAUCCUCGCCGUCGGGCUCGAGUCGCUCUACUCGCCGAGACCUCCGACUUUCUCUACCCUCUCCUCAUCCCUCGCCAGCGUGUUCCCCUCCCUCACCGGCCUGACCACGCUUGAGCUAUCACUGCCCCGUCAUGAGUCUCUCGCCAACCUCUGCGCAACAGACGGCGACCGCUUCAUCCUUGGCGGCCUCUCCACCCGCUCCUUCACCUUGCGCGGCGGCUUCGUCUGGUUCCACCACCUCCUGGAGCUCCUCGCCACAUGGACGAAGCUCGAAAGUCUCGACCUCGCCGUUGUCCGCGGCGACUGCAACAGCUUCUCGCCGUGCACCCCAAGCCCUCCGCCGGCUUGCAAUUUGCGCGACCUUACCAUCCACUCGUCGACCUUGACGGACGCGAUGAUUGUCCACAUCCUCGGCGGUCAGAAGGGGCUGCAAAUGCUUCAGAUCUCGCUGCCUGGCACGGCUGGCAAGGCGUGGACGGCGAUUGAGAAGGUCGUGCCGAGAAUCGAAGUUCUUCGCCUCCGUGACAGCUGGGCGUCGAAGACGAGGCAGAAGGCGACGAAGAAACAGGAAGCGGAGACGCCAGACGUCGACGAUUCGCAAGAGCAAGCGGCCUCGCCCACUUCUCCCCUUCUCCCGCUCCUCAAGGCAGCCAAGUCGCUCGAGACUCUCCUCCUCACACCUACCAUGCUCCCCUCUCUGCCGUCGACGGCCAGCUUUUUCAAUGAGCUCCUUCCCUAUAUCGCCGUCGUCGAUGUCCUCGAACUCGACGGCUUCUCGCUCGUCUCGCCUCUCUUUGUCGCCCUCGAAACCGCGCUCGACAAGCACAAGUUGCCGUCGCUCGAGCGCAUCGUGACGAGGAACAUCGCCAAGGGCAAGAAGGGACCGGCAGCGAAGGCGGAAAAGUCUUUCGAGCAGGCGUGCCGGAAGCAUGGAGUCCAAUGGGUAACGGGAACGGACGAGUAG